CAAAGACCUACAAGAACGCCAGUCGUAUUUAGACAAUCUCUUUAACGAGAACAUCCACAGAAUACGCAAAAAGUAGAUCAUUCACCAGACAACACUGCGAAAGCAACAACAAACAGCACUGAUGAAAGCGAAACACAAUGUGAGAGUCUUAUUUUCUUGAAAACAAAGAAAGACAGAAAAUUGAAUACCGUCGUCAUAGUAAAUGUCAAACAGAACAGAUACAACAGUCACCCAACAGCCAAAAUGUACCAAAACAAUGCUGAUGCAAACGGUUAUAAUGCCAACAAAAAAGAGUUAAAUUUGUCAGACCGCAAUCUGCGAGAACUUGACACCGCCAUCAUUGCAACCUACGGCGAAUGCAUCGAACACUUGGAUCUCAGCCACAACCGAAUAACCCGACUGGAAUGGCUCUAUCAAAUGCCCAACUUACGCUGCCUAAUAAUGGAUGAUAAUCGCUUGCGCGAGUCCCAUUUCGAAAAACUGAAGAAAGUCCCACUGCCAAAGAUCACAACAUUAACGUUAAACAAAAAUGAGUUGAGUGAUUUGGAUACAACUGCCGAAAUGCUUCAACAAAUAUUUCCAAAUCUGGAGUAUUUGAGCUUGCAUGGAAAUCCAAUGUGUCCGGAUAAUUUGUGUCUGCAACCGUUCAGUGAAUUUGUGCCCUACGAAUACGCCCAUUACAGAGAUGUUCUUUCAAAAUCCUUGCCACAUUUGAAAUUUUUGGAUCACUUUUCAUUGGAUGCUAAGCAACUACCCAAAGAGAGUCAUUGCAUCAAACAAGAAAAGUCUAUACAGCAACCAAUUAUAUCAUUUUCUGGAGAUUUGUGGUCAAAACUUAAAAACUUUCUCUCAGUUCCUAAUGCUACAAACAGCAACACUGGUCAGAAUGAAAAUGGCAAUAGAUUAGUAUCGUCUUUAGACUUUUUUUCAUUUCAGCACCGAGUUAUGAUUCAACAUAUAAAUGAGUGCAUUCGGAAGGAAACCGCUACAUAACAAACUCGGAUUUGUGAUAGAGAAUUGGAAUAGAUAUAUCGACCUAUACCUUGGUCUAUAGAAAUAAAUAUUUUUAAUACAGAGAAUUGUUUGUUACAACUAAUUUGGGAAAUCUGUGGUUAGUAAGACAAACAAGCCAUUCAAUUUUGCUCAAAACUGGACAAUUAAAUAAUAAAGACAAUUAAAAAAUGUA